UUCGUCCCUCAUCUAAUUUGAACUAAAUUCGAUUAUGUUCCAUCUUGGAACGUGGCCUUGAAUAAUUGAAACCUUACUAUCGAUACAUUUCGUCUGGACCUUGCAAUUGAUCGAACCACAAUUGUGCUAAAAGUGUGCUUUUGCCAAAGGACAAAAUGAAGCCCAGACCGGAUAUAAAUAACGGCCGUCCUGCAGACCAGUUUUGUAGUUAUGACAUAGGCCCAGCGUCGCUCCAACUCUUCAUCGAAGUGGGACCAAGUGAAAUUGGAGAUGGAGCAGUGUCUCCUCAAACUUUAGCCCUGUUUUCCGCCUUGGAGUUUGCCGCAUGUCAAGGUCAAUUUGAACUUCACCUCGUGGAAACGUCUAGCGGGGCUAGUAAUUGCGUUGUUCCCAUUCGUGUGGAAGAACACUAUCAUCCCACGAGAUAUCCCUCGAAGGCGGAUGUGCCGCAAAUGGUCAGAUAUUGUGUUCUACCGGCAAUUUAUGUCGAGGGCAAGAAUAUCUGCAUCACUGGAUUGUGCUCGGUGGUUCGGUUCUUGGUCAAACGAGCGGAAACACGGGUCGAUUUACUCGGUUAUCAAGGUAAUUGUCUUAGUGCGCCGGCUGAGGUUUCCACAUGGACUGCAUUUUGUGAGAUCGGUCUCCCUGGUGCCUUGGAACAACUUCUGAAAGAUUUCCCCACGCCAAAUGGAACGACCCAACGACAAAGACCCAACGUCUAUCUCCUUCCCUUGGAACUGGCUAAAUUUGAGGUUCAUCUCCAUCAACCGGUCAGGGUUCAUAAUAUUCGCAAGAGAAUGCAGACUCAGCUCACAAAAAAAUCCCAUAAAGACGGAAAUGUGGGUGAUGAAAAAAGUUCAAGCGGCGUAGUUGAACUCGUCCUUGACCCGGGAUGCAGCCAAAUCACAAAGGCCGUUUUCGUGGAGCGAGGCUGUGAAAAGGUCCUCGACUCCAAAAGUGGACAAAUAAUCGAUGCCAUCCAGGAGUUUGCGCAGAAUCAACAUAUCUUUGCUGAGGGCCCAGAUCCGCUUCUCUCGGAUGUUUUGCUCUUUCCGUACUUUUGGCUAAUGAGGAAACUCAUUUCGGAUCUCUUGGAGAUCGUUCCCAGUACUAAAUCUUGGUUCCAUCGCCUCCAAGAUGAACUUCACUUGAACGAGAUCGUUGAUCGGCUAGUGGCUGGCGAUCCCAUCUCCACCACUGUUGAGGAACCUAGCGAGAGUUCUAUCUCAAUUGGCACCAAAAAAAUGGUCGUCCCCACGGAUAAGAAGGCCUCAUCGUCGGGACAGACGAAGAACGAAGAGAGCGAGCUCAAAUUAAUGGUCAUUGAUGGGAUCGAUUUCAUCCUCCCACCCACCAAACUGGUUUCCUUAUACAAAAGUGACCCCAGUCGACAAAACCCGAAUGCCAAGAUCUUCACUCGUCAGCAAGACAUCGAUCGGAUCUUCAAUUGGUUCUCCGAGCAUGCCAAUGGUGAUGACCUCAUACUUCGUCAACCACGACAUACCCUCACCGAUACGAUCCAUGAGUCGGUCUCAACGCCUCCACCCUCGAGGGCCGAAAACGACGGGAACAGCGACAAGAAAUCGAACAAAAUUGAUUGGAGCUCUUUGCCUCAUUUAGUUCAUCCCAUGGGUGGCAUGCUGCCUGAGAAGCGUCUAUUGAAGAAGUGUCAACAAUUGGAAAACCUGGCUUCCGCCGUGCUCGAUGUUGUCGCUAGAGAGAGAGCUGAGUGGUCGAAAAAUGGACAAAGGGAAGCCAUGACGAGCACAGCCUUUGAUUUUUCACAAUCCUCGAGCCAUCACACCCAAUCUGAAGGCUGCCACCGCGAUCGGCAAUGGCCUAUCAUUGUGGACUUUUGCUCUGGGGGUGGACACUUGGGCAUUCUCUUGGCAUUUUUGUUACCUCGAGCGCAAAUCUACUUAGUGGAGAACAAAGAGGAAUCCCUUCGAAGAGCCUUCGAACGAGUGGACAAGUUAGGCCUCUCGAAUGUGGGCUUUUUCCAAUGCAAUCUCGACUACUUCUCGGGCGGUUUCGAUAUCGGUGUGUCUUUACAUGCGUGCGGCGUGGCCACUGACCUCGUCCUCAAGGCCUGUUUGGAUAACCAGGCUCAUUUUGUUUGCUGUCCCUGUUGCUACGGAUCCGUUCAGGAGAAUCACAUACUCACAUAUCCAAAGAGUUUGGCCUUCCAGGAAAUGUCAUGGAACUUUAGGGAUUAUCUUGUCUUGGGACACACUGCCGAUCAGACGCAUGUAAAUCACGAAAAGACUCUCCAGGGUUUUCGAGCCAUGGAUAUCGUGGACUCUGAUCGAGCUCUGGAGGCUAUCGAACGAGGCUACCAAGUGCAACUCACUACUUUGUGGCCUCCUUCGUGUACUCCCAAGAAUAACCUCCUCGUUGGAACGUGGAAGCCAGCAGAGACCAAUCAAAGAGGGAUACUAAAUGAAUAGUCCGCGGAUGAUGAGUAGCGAGAAAAAAGAGAGAAAAGGCGAUCUCUACGAUAAGUCCGCUCAGAUGGGCAUUGCUUUUACCCAUGGAAUACAUCAUUUUCCCUCAGCCAAUCUGCUUGAUGAGGUUAAUGAUGAUACUCGUUACGAAUAAUAAACAUAAUCUCAGUGAG